AUGUGGAAGAUCAUCUGCCUUAUAAUUACUUUUCUAACGGUCGGUUAUGGUUCUCCUAAUUCAUCUGACAAUACGUCUAAAGCUUUUCCAUUGAAACACGAUUUAGGCAAAUGUACUUCUCCUAACGAAAGUGGUAGACCAGAAUGCGGUGGUAAGACAAUCGUAACGACAACAUCGCCGCCUACAAAUAAUGUUCCAUCUAAAAUAACUAAAGUAUCCUCCUACCAAACUAGUACAACGAGUGCACACAAAACUGAAAUAGAUGUAAAAACUACUACCUCAAGUGGACUGAUCAUGCCAACGAAAAUAGAGUGUAUUAAAGAAGGUUUCAUAGAACAUCCUACAGACUGUACAAAAUAUUACAUGUGUCUUGCGCGAAUCAAUAAUACAUUUGAAGUCUUUGCAAUGACAUGCAAAGACGGGACAAUAUGGGAUCGAGAAAAGCAAAUCUGUAAUUAUCCUGAGGAAAUACGGAACCCCCGUUGUAGUCCAUAUACUACAGGUAAACCAAUAACUACAAGUACUGAAAAUAUUAACGAGACAGCAGAGCAUUCUACACGAAAUCUAAUAACUGAAAUUCUUACCACUUCGUCGGCUGAACUAUCGACCUUGGGAACUUCAACGAUAAAAUCCACAGAUUUAUUAACAAGUACGAAUACUCAACCUGCCACGAUCACAGAUGAGGUCUCUACAUUUACAUCAGAAACAAAUACAGGAACGAAUGUAGAGGCGUCUGCAAGAUUAACAGAUACAACAAGCUCUGGAACUGUCGCUGAAACCCAACAUUCCCCAACGACUACCAGUGACAAAGAGACAAUUACUCCAUCGUCGGUUAAACCUAACACUGAUCUCCUGAUAAGUACAAUUCCAUCACCUACCACUAUUACAGAUGAGGCUUCUACACUUACAUCAGAAACAGAAACAGGAGCAUCGUCAUCCGUUGAGGCAUCAACAGAAUUAACAGAUGAAACAAGCUCUAGAACUGUCACUGAAACUAACCAGUCCUCGACGACCACCACUGACCAAGAGACAGUUACUUCUUCCUCGGUUAAACCUAACACUGAUCUGCUGUUAAGUACAAUUACAUCUCCUACCACUAUUACAGAUGAAGAUUCUACACUUACAUCAGAAACAGAAACAGGAGCAUCGUCAUCCGUUGAGUCAUCUACAAAAUUAACAGAGGAAACAAGCUCUAGAACUGUCACAGAUACUCAACAGUCCUCGACGACCGCAACUGAGAAAGAGACAGUCACUACUUCGUCGGAUGAACCAACCACCAACCUAUUGAUAAGUACAACUACAUCACCUAGCACUGUUACAGAUGAAGAUUCUACACUUACAUCAGAAACAGAAACAGGAGCGUUGUCAUCCGUUGAGGCGUCGACAGAAUUAACAGAUGAAACAAGCUCUGGAACUGCCACAGAUACUCAACAAUCCUCGACGACCGCAACUGAGAAAGAGACAGUUGCUACUUCGUCGGAUGAACCAACCACCGACCUAUUGAUAAGUACAACAACAUCACAUAGCACUGUUACAGAUGAUGUUUCAACGUUAACAUCAGAAACAGAAACAGGAACGUCGUCAACCGUAGAGGUGUCAACAGAAAUAACAGAUGAAACAAGCUCUGGUACUGCCACAGAUACUCAACAAUCCUCGACGACCGCAACUGAGAAAGAGACAGUUGCUACUUCGUCGGAUGAACCUACCACCGACCUAUUGAUAAGUACAACUACAUCACCUAGCACUGUUACAGAUGAAGAUUCUACACUUACAUCAAAAACAGAAACAAGAGCGUCGUCAUCCGUUGAGGCGUCUACAGAAUUAACAGAUGAAACAAGCUCUGGUACUGCCACAGAUACUCAACAAUCCUCGACGACCGUAACUGAGAAAGAGACAGUUGCUACUUCGUCGGAUGAACCAUCCACCGACCUAUUGAUAAGUACAACUACAUCACCUAGCACUGUUACAGAUGAAGAUUCUACACUUACAUCAAAAACAGAAACAAGAGCGUCGUCAUCCGUUGAGGCGUCUACAGAAUUAACAGAUGAAACAAGCUCUGGUACUGCCACAGAUACUCAACAAUCCUCGACGACCGUAACUGAGAAAGAGACAGUUGCUACUUCGUCGGAUGAACCAUCCACCGACCUAUUGAUAAGUACAACUACAUCACCUAGCACUGCUACAGAUGAGGUUUCUACGUUAACAUCAGAAACAGAAACAGGAACGUCGUCAAACGUUGAGGUGUCAACAGAAAUAAGAGAUGAAACAAGCUCUGGAACUGCCACUGAAACCCAACAAUCCUCGACGACUACCACUGACCAAGAAACGGUUACUCCUUCGUCCGUUGAACCAACCAACGACCUAUUGAUAAGUACAACUACAUCACCUAGCACGAUUACAGAUGAGGCUUCUACGUUAACAUCAGAAACAGAAACAGGAACGUCGUCAACCGUUGAGGUGUCAACAGAAAUAACAGAUGAAACAAGCUCUGGAACUGUCACUGAAACUAACCAGUCCUCGACGACUACCACUGACCAAGAGACAGUUACUUCUUCCUCGGUUAAACCUAACACUGAUCUGCUGUUAAGUACAAUUACAUCUCCUACCACUAUUACAGAUGAGGCUUCUACACUUACAUCAGAAACAGAAACAGGAGCAUCGUCAUCCGUUGAGGCAUCUACAGAAUUAACAGAUGAAACAAGCUCUGGAACUGUCACUGAAACCCAACAAUCCUCUACGACUACCACUGACCAAAAAACGGUUACUCCUUCGUCCGUUGAACCAACCAACGACCUAUUGAUAAGUACAACUACAUCACCUAGCACUGCUACAGAUGAGGUUUCUACGUUAACAUCAGAAACAGAAACAGGAACGUCGUCAAACGUUGAGGUGUCAACAGAAAUAAGAGAUGAAACAAGCUCUGGAACUGCCACUGAAACCCAACAAUCCUCGACGACUUCCACUGACCAAGAAACGGUUACUCCUUCGUCCGUUGAACCAACCAACGACCUAUUGAUAAGUACAACUACAUCACCUAGCACGAUUACAGAUGAGGCUUCUACGUUAACAUCAGAAACAGAAACAGAAACGUCGUCAACCGUUGAGGUGUCAACAGAAAUAACAGAUGAAACAAGCUCUGGAACUGUCACUGAAACUAACCAGUCCUCGACGACUACCACUGACCAAGAGACAGUUACUUCUUCCUCGGUUAAACCUAACACUGAUCUGCUGUUAAGUACAAUUACAUCUCCUACCACUAUUACAGAUGAGGCUUCUACACUUACAUCAGAAACAGAAACAGGAGCAUCGUCAUCCGUUGAGGCAUCUACAGAAUUAACAGAUGAAACAAGCUCUGGAACUGUCACAGAAACCCAACAAUCCUCUACGACUACCACUGACCAAGAAACGGUUACUCCUUCGUCCGUUGAACCAACCACCGACUUAUUGAUAAGUACAACUACAUCACCUAGCACUGUUACAGAUGAAGAUUCUACGUUAACAUCAGAAACAGAAACAGGAACGUCGUCAACCGUUGAGGUGUCAACAGAAAUAACAGAUUAUACAAGCUCUGGUACUGCCACAGAUACUCAACAAUCCUCGACGAUCGCAACUGAGAAAGAGACAGUUGCUACUUCGUCCGUUGAACCAACCAACGACCUAUUGAUAAGUACAACUACAUCACCUAGCACUGCUACAGAUGAGGCUUCUACACUUACAUCAGAAACAGAAACAGGAGCAUCGUCAUCCGUUGAGGUGUCAACAGAAAUAACAGAUGAUACAAGCUCUGGUACUGCCACAGAUACUCAACAAUCCUCGACGACCGCAACUGAGAAAGAGACAGUUGCUACUUCGUCCGUUGAACCAACCAACGACCUAUUGAUAAGUACAACUGCAUCACCUAGCACUGCUACAGAUGAGGCUUCUACGUUAACAUCAGAAACAGAAACAGGAACGUCGUCAACCGUUGAGGUGUCAACAGAAAUAACAGAUGAAACAAGCUCUGGAACUGUCACUGAAACUAACCAGUCCUCGACGACUACCACUGACCAAAAAACGGUUACUCCUUCGUCCGUUGAACCAACCAACGACCUAUUGAUAAGUACAACUACAUCACCUAGCACUGCUACAGAUGAGGUUUCUACGUUAACAUCAGAAACAGAAACAGGAACGUCGUCAAACGUUGAGGUGUCAACAGAAAUAAGAGAUGAAACAAGCUCUGGAACUGCCACUGAAACCCAACAAUCCUCGACGACUUCCACUGACCAAGAAACGGUUACUCCUUCGUCCGUUGAACCAACCAACGACCUAUUGAUAAGUACAACUACAUCACCUAGCACGAUUACAGAUGAGGCUUCUACGUUAACAUCAGAAACAGAAACAGAAACGUCGUCAACCGUUGAGGUGUCAACAGAAAUAACAGAUGAAACAAGCUCUGGAACUGUCACUGAAACUAACCAGUCCUCGACGACUACCACUGACCAAGAGACAGUUACUUCUUCCUCGGUUAAACCUAACACUGAUCUGCUGUUAAGUACAAUUACAUCUCCUACCACUAUUACAGAUGAGGCUUCUACACUUACAUCAGAAACAGAAACAGGAGCAUCGUCAUCCGUUGAGGCAUCUACAGAAUUAACAGAUGAAACAAGCUCUGGAACUGUCACAGAAACCCAACAAUCCUCUACGACUACCACUGACCAAGAAACGGUUACUCCUUCGUCCGUUGAACCAACCACCGACUUAUUGAUAAGUACAACUACAUCACCUAGCACUGUUACAGAUGAAGAUUCUACGUUAACAUCAGAAACAGAAACAGGAACGUCGUCAACCGUUGAGGUGUCAACAGAAAUAACAGAUUAUACAAGCUCUGGUACUGCCACAGAUACUCAACAAUCCUCGACGAUCGCAACUGAGAAAGAGACAGUUGCUACUUCGUCCGUUGAACCAACCAACGACCUAUUGAUAAGUACAACUACAUCACCUAGCACUGCUACAGAUGAGGCUUCUACACUUACAUCAGAAACAGAAACAGGAGCAUCGUCAUCCGUUGAGGUGUCAACAGAAAUAACAGAUGAUACAAGCUCUGGUACUGCCACAGAUACUCAACAAUCCUCGACGACCGCAACUGAGAAAGAGACAGUUGCUACUUCGUCCGUUGAACCAACCAACGACCUAUUGAUAAGUACAACUGCAUCACCUAGCACUGCUACAGAUGAGGCUUCUACGUUAACAUCAGAAACAGAAACAGGAACGUCGUCAACCGUUGAGGUGUCAACAGAAAUAACAGAUGAAACAAGCUCUGGAACUGUCACUGAAACUAACCAGUCCUCGACGACUACCACUGACCAAGAGACAGUUACUUCUUCCUCGGUUAAACCUAACACUGAUCUGCUGUUAAGUACAAUUACAUCUCCUACCACUAUUACAGAUGAGGCUUCUACACUUACAUCAGAAACAGAAACAGGAGCAUCGUCAUCCGUUGAGUCAUCUACAGAAUUAACAGAGGAAACAAGCUCUAGAACUGUCACAGAUACUCAACAGUCCUCGACGACCGCAACUGAGAAAGAGACAGUCACUACUUCGUCGGAUGAACCAACCACCGACCUAUUGAUAAGUACAACUACAUCACCUAGCACUGUUACAGAUGAAGAUUCUACACUUACAUCAGAAACAGAAACAGGAGCGUUGUCAUCCGUUGAGGCGUCGACAGAAUUAACAGAUGAAACAAGCUCUGGAACUGCCACAGAUACUCAACAAUCCUCGACGACCGCAACUGAGAAAGAGACAGUUGCUACUUCGUCGGAUGAACCAACCACCGACCUAUUGAUAAGUACAACAACAUCACAUAGCACUGUUACAGAUGAGGUUUCAACGUUAACAUCAGAAACAGAAACAGGAACGUCGUCAACCGUAGAGGUGUCAACAGAAAUAACAGAUGAAACAAGCUCUGGUACUGCCACAGAUACUCAACAAUCCUCGACGACCGCAACUGAGAAAGAGACAGUUGCUACUUCGUCGGAUGAACCUACCACCGACCUAUUGAUAAGUACAACUACAUCACCUAGCACUGUUACAGAUGAAGAUUCUACACUUACAUCAAAAACAGAAACAAGAGCGUCGUCAUCCGUUGAGGCGUCUACAGAAUUAACAGAUGAAACAAGCUCUGGUACUGCCACAGAUACUCAACAAUCCUCGACGACCGUAACUGAGAAAGAGACAGUUGCUACUUCGUCGGAUGAACCAUCCACCGACCUAUUGAUAAGUACAACUACAUCACCUAGCACUGCUACAGAUGAGGUUUCUACGUUAACAUCAGAAACAGAAACAGGAACGUCGUCAAACGUUGAGGUGUCAACAGAAAUAAGAGAUGAAACAAGCUCUGGAACUGCCACUGAAACCCAACAAUCCUCGACGACUACCACUGACCAAGAAACGGUUACUCCUUCGUCCGUUGAACCAACCAACGACCUAUUGAUAAGUACAACUACAUCACCUAGCACGAUUACAGAUGAGGCUUCUACGUUAACAUCAGAAACAGAAACAGGAACGUCGUCAACCGUUGAGGUGUCAACAGAAAUAACAGAUGAAACAAGCUCUGGAACUGUCACUGAAACUAACCAGUCCUCGACGACUACCACUGACCAAGAGACAGUUACUUCUUCCUCGGUUAAACCUAACACUGAUCUGCAGUUAAGUACAAUUACAUCUCCUAGCACUAUUACAGAUGAGGAUUCUACACUUACAUCAGAAACAGAAACAGGAACGUCGUCAACCGUUGAGGUGUCAACAGAAAUAACAGAUGAAACAAGCUCUGGAACUGUUACUGAAACUAACCAGUCCUCGACGACUACCACUGACCAAGAGACAGUUACUUCUUCCUCGGUUAAACCUAACACUGAUCUGCAGUUAAGUACAAUUACAUCUCCUACCACUAUUACAGAUGAGGCUUCUACACUUACAUCAGAAACAGAAACAGGAACGUCGUCAACCGUUGAGGUGUCAACAGAAAUGACAGAUGAAACAAGCUCUGGAACUGUCACUGAAACUAAUCAGUCCUCGACGACUACCACUGACCAAGAGACAGUUACUUCUUCCUCGGUUAAACCUAACACUGAUCUGCAGUUAAGUACAAUUACAUCUCCUACCACUAUUACAGAUGAGGCUUCUACACUUACAUCAGAAACAGAAACAGGAACGUCGUCAACCGUUGAGGUGUCAACAGAAAUAACAGAUGAAACAAGCUCUGGAACUGUCACUGAAACUAAUCAGUCCUCGACGACUACCACUGACCAAGAGACAGUUACUUCUUCCUCGGUUAAACCUAACACUGAUCUGCAGUUAAGUACAAUUACAUCUCCUACCACUAUUACAGAUGAGGCUUCUACACUUACAUCAGAAACAGAAACAGGAGCAUCCUCAUCCGUUGAGGCAUCUACAGAAUUAAAAGAUGAAACAAGCUCUGGAACUGUCACUGAAACCCAACAAUCCUCUACGACUACCACUGAGCAAGAAACGGUUACUCCUUCGUCCGUUGAACCAACCACCGACCUAUUGAUAAGUACAACUACAUCACCUAGCACUGUUACAGAUGAAGAUUCUACGUUAACAUCAGAAACAGAAACAGGAACGUCGUCAACCGUUGAGGUGUCAACAGAAAUAACAAAUUAUACAAGCUCUGGUACUGCCACAGAUACUCAACAAUCCUCGACGAUCGCAACUGAGAAAGAGACAGUUGCUACUUCGUCCGUUGAACCAACCAACGACCUAUUGAUAAGUACAACUACAUCACCUAGCACUGCUACAGAUGAGGCUUCUACGUUAACAUCAGAAACAGAAACAGGAACGUCGUCAACCGUUGAGGUGUCAACAGAAAUAACAGAUGAAACAAGCUCUGGAACUGUUACUGAAACUAACCAGUCCUCGACGACUACCACUGACCAAGAGACAGUUACUUCUUCCUCGGUUAAACCUAACACUGAUCUGCAGUUAAGUACAAUUACAUCUCCUACCACUAUUACAGAUGAGGCUUCUACACUUACAUCAGAAAGAGAAACAGGAACGUCGUCAACCGUUGAGGUGUCAACAGAAAUAACAGAUGAAACAAGCUCUGGAACUGUCACUGAAACUAAUCAGUCCUCGACGACUACCACUGACCAAGAGACAGUUACUUCUUCCUCGGUUAAACCUAACACUGAUCUGCAGUUAAGUACAAUUACAUCUCCUACCACUAUUACAGAUGAGGCUUCUACACUUACAUCAGAAACAGAAACAGGAACGUCGUCAACCGUUGAGGUGUCAACAGAAAUAACAGAUGAAACAAGCUCUGGAACUGUCACUGAAACUAACCAGUCCUCGACGACUACCCCUGACCAAGAGACAGUUACUUCUUCCUCGGUUAAACCUAACACUGAUCUGCUGUUAAGUACAAUUACAUCUCCUACCACUAUUACAGAUGAGGCUUCUACACUUACAUCAGAAACAGAAACAGGAGCAUCGUCAUCCGUUGAGGCAUCUACAGAAUUAACAGAUGAAACAAGCUCUGGAACUGUCACUGAAACCCAACAAUCCUCUACGACUACCACUGAGCAAGAAACGGUUACUCCUUCGUCCGUUGAACCAACCACCGACCUAUUGAUAAGUACAACUACAUCACCUAGCACUGUUACAGAUGAAGAUUCUACGUUAACAUCAGAAACAGAAACAGGAACGUCGUCAACCGUUGAGGUGUCAACAGAAAUAACAGAUUAUACAAGCUCUGGUACUGCCACAGAUACUCAACAAUCCUCGACGAUCGCAACUGAGAAAGAGACAGUUGCUACUUCGUCCGAUGAACCAACCAACGACCUAUUGAUAAGUACAACUACAUCACCUAGCACUGCUACAGAUGAGGUUUCUACGUUAACAUCAGAAACAGAAACAGGAACGUCGUCAAACGUUGAGGUGUCAACAGAAAUAAGAGAUGAAACAAGCUCUGGAACUGCCACUGAAACCCAACAAUCCUCGACCACUACCACUGACCAAGAAACGGUUACUGCUUCGUCCGUUGAACCAACCAACGACUUAUUGAUAAGUACAACUACAUCACCUAGCACGAUUACAGAUGAGACUUCUACACUUACAUCAGAAACAGAAACAGGAGCAUCGUCAUCCGUUGAGGCAUCUACAGAAUUAACAGAUGAAACAAGCUCUGGAACUGUCACUGAAACCCAACAAUCCUCUACGACUACCACUGACCAAGAAACGGUUACUCCUUCGUCCGUUGAACCAACCACCGACCUAUUGAUAAGUACAACUACAUCACCUAGCACUGUUACAGAUGAAGAUUCUACGUUAACAUCAGAAACAGAAACAGGAACGUCGUCAACGGUUGAGGUGUCAACAGAAAUAACAGAUUAUACAAGCUCUGGUACUGCCACAGAUACUCAACAAUCCUCGACGAUCGCAACUGAGAAAGAGACAGUUGCUACUUCGUCCGUUGAACCAACCAACGACCUAUUGAUAAGUACAACUACAUCACCUAGCACUGCUACAGAUGAGGCUUCUACGUUAACAUCAGAAACAGAAACAGGAACGUCGUCAACCGUUGAGGUGUCAACAGAAAUAACAGAUGAAACAAACUCUGGAACUGUCACUGCAACUAACCAGUCCUCGACGGCUACCACUGACCAAGAGACAGUUACUUCUACCUCGGUUAAACCUAACACUGAUCUGCUUUUAAGUACAAUUACAUCUCCUACCACUAUUACAGAUGAGGCUUCUACACUUACAUCAGAAACAGAAACAGGAGCAUCGUCAUCCGUUGAGACAUCUACAGAAUUAACAGAUGAAACAAGCUCUGGAACUGUCACUGAAACCCAACAAUCCUCUACGACUACCACUGACCAAGAAACGGUUACUCCUUCGUCCGUUGAACCAACCACCGACCUAUUGAUAAGUACAACUACAUCACCUAGCACUGUUACAGAUGAGGUUUCUACGUUAACAUCAGAAACAGAAACAGGAACUUCGUCAACCGUUGAGGUGUCAACAGAAAAAACAGAUGAAACAAGCUCUGGAACUGUCACUGAACCUCAACAAUCCUCGACGACUACCACUGACCAAGAAACGGUUACUACUUCGUCCGUUGAACCAACCACUGACCUAUUGAUAAGUACAACUACAUCACCUAGCACUGUUACAGAUGAGGUUUCUACGUUAACAUCAGAAACAGAAACAGGAACUUCGUCAACCGUUGAGGUGUCAACAGAAAAAACAGAUGAAACAAGCUCUGGAACUGUCACUGAACCUCAACAAUCCUCGACGACUACCACUGACCAAGAAACGGUUACUACUUCGUCCGUUGAACCAACCACUGACCUAUUGAUAAGUACAACUACAUCAUCUAGCACUGCUACAGAUGAGGUUUCUACGUUAACAUCAGAAACAGAAACAGGAACGUCGUCAACCGUUGAGGUGUCAACAGAAAUAACAGAUGAAACAAGCUCUGGAACUGUCACUGAAACUAACCAGUCCUCGACGACUACCACUGACCAAGAGAUAGUUACUCCUUCGUCCGUUGAACCAACCACUGACCUAUUGAUAAGUACAACUACAUCACCUAGCACUGUUACAGAUGAAGAUUCUACACUUACAUCAGAAACAGAAACAGGAGCAUCGUCAUCCGUUGAGGCAUCUACAGAAUUAACAGAGGAAACAAGCUCUAGAACUGUCACAGAUACUCAACAGUCCUCGACGACCGCAACUGAGAAAGAGACAGUCACUACUUCGUCGGAUGAACCAACCACCGACCUAUUGAUAAGUACAACUACAUCACCUAGCACUGUUACAGAUGAAGAUUCUACACUUACAUCAGAAACAGAAACAGGAGCGUCGUCAUCCGUUGAGGCGUCGACAGAAUUAACAGAUGAAACAAGUUCUGGAACUGCCACAGAUACUCAACAAUCCUCGACGACCGCAACUGAGAAAGAGACAGUUGUUACUUCGUCGGAUGAACCAACCACCGACCUAUUGAUAAGUACAACAACAUCACAUAGCACUGUUACAGAUGAGGUUUCUACGUUAACAUCAGAAACAGAAACAGGAACGUCGUCAACCGUAGAGGUGUCAACAGAAAUAACAGAUGAAACAAGCUCUGGUACUGCCACAGAUACUCAACAAUCCUCGACGACCGCAACUGAGAAAGAGACAGUUGCUACUUCGUCGGAUGAACCUACCACCGACCUAUUGACAAGUACAAUUACAUCACCUAGCACUGCUACAGAUGAGGUUUCUACGUUAACAUCAGAAACAGAAACAGGAACGUCGUCAAACGUUGUGGUGUCAACAGAAAUAAGAAAUGAAACAAGCUCUGGAACUGCCACUGAAACCCAACAAUCCUCGACGACUACCACUGACCAAGAAACGGUUACUCCUUCGUCCGUUGAACCAACCAACGACCUAUUGAUAAGUACAACUACAUCACCUAGCACGAUUACAGAUGAGGCUUCUACGUUAACAUCAGAAACAGAAACAGGAACGUCGUCAACCGUUGAGGUGUCAACAGAAAUAACAGUUGAAACAAGCUCUGGAACUGUCACUGAAACUAACCAGUCCUCGACGACUACCACUGACCAAGAGACAAUUACUUCUUCCUCGGUUAAACCUAACACUGAUCUGCUGUUAAGUACAAUUACAUCUCCUACCACUAUUACAGAUGAGGCUUCUACACUUACAUCAGAAACAGAAACAGGAGCAUCGUCAUCCGUUGAGGAAUCUACAGAAUUAACAGAUGAAACAAGCUCUGGAACUGUCACUGAAACCCAACAAUCCUCUACGACUACCACUGACCAAGAAACGGUUACUCCUUCGUCCGUUGAACCAACCACCGACCUAUUGAUAAGUACAACUACAUCACCUAGCACUGUUACAGAUGAAGAUUCUACACUUACAUCAGAAACAGAAACAGGAGCAUCGUCAUCCGUUGAGGCAUCUACAGAAUUAACAGAUGAAACAAGCUCUGGAACUGUCACUGAAACCCAACAAUCCUCUACGACUACCACUGACCAAGAAACAGUUACUCCUUCGUUCGUUGAACCAACCAACGACAUAUUGAAAAGUACAACUACAUCAACUAGCACGAUUACAGAUGAGGUUUCUACGUUAACAUCAGAAACAAAAACAGGAACGUCGUCAACCGUUGAGGUGUCAACAGAAAUAACAGAUGAAACAAGCUCUGGAACUGUCACUGAAACUCAACAAUCCUCGACGACUACCACUGACCAAGAAACGGUUACUACUUCGUCCGUUGAACCAACCACUGACCUAUUGAUAAGUACAACUACAUUACCUAGCACUGCUACAGAUGAGGUUUCUACGUUAACAUCAGAAACAGAAACAGGAACGUCGUCAACCGUUGAGGUUUCAACAGAAAUAACAGAUGAAACAAUCUCUGGAACUGUCACAGAUACUCAACAGUCCUCGACGACCGCGACUGACAAAGAGACAGUUGCUACUUCGUCAGUUGAAUCAACCACAGACCUAUUGAUAAGUACAACUACAUCACCUAGCACGGUAACAGAUGAGACUUCUACGUUAACAUCAGAAAGAGAAACAGGAACGUCGUCAACCGUGGAGGUGUCAACAGAAUUAACAGAUGAAACAAGCUCAGGAAUUGUCACAGAUACUCAACAGUCCUCGACGACCGCAACUGACCAAGAAACAGUUACUCCUUCGUCCGUUGAACCAACCGCUGACCUACUGAUAAGUACAACUACAUCACCUAGCACGAUUACAGAUGAGGUUUCUACGUUAACAUCAGAAACAGAAACAGGAACGUCGUCAACCGUUGAGGUGUCAACAGAAAAAACAGAUGAAACAAGCUCUGGAACUGUCACUGAACCUCAACAAUCCUCAACGACUACCACUGACCAAGAAACGGUUACUACUUCGUCCGUUGAACCAACCACUGACCUAUUGAUAAGUACAACUACAUCAUCUAGCACUGCUACAGAUGAGGUUUCUACGUUAACAUCAGAAACAGAAACAGGAACGUCGUCAACCGUUGAGGUGUCAACAGAAAUAACAGAUGAAACAAGCUCUGGAACUGUCACUGAAACUAACCAGUCCUCGACGACUACCACUGACCAAGAGAUAGUUACUCCUUCGUCCGUUGAACCAACCACUGACCUAUUGAUAAGUACAACUACAUCACCUAGCACUGUUACAGAUGAGGUUUCCACGUUAACAUCAGAAACAGAAACAGGAACGUCGUCAACCGUUGAGGUGUCAACAGAAAUAACAGAUGAAACUAGCUCUGGAACUGGUACUGAAACCCAACAAUCCUCGACGACUACCACUGACCAAGAGGCAGUUACUCCUUCGUCGGUUAAACCUAACACUGAUCUGCUGUUAAGUACAAUUACAUCACCUACCACUAUUACAGAUGAGGCUUCUACACUUACAUCAGAAACAGAAACAGGAGCAUCGUCAUCCGUUGAGGUGUCAACAGAAAUAACAGAUGAUACAAGCUCUAGAACUGUCACAGAUUCUCAACAGUCUUCAACGAUCGCAACUGACAAAGAGACAUUUGCACCUCCGUCAAUUCUAACAAAUAACGAUCUAUUUUUAAGUACAACUACAUUACCUGGCACUGUCACAGAUAAGGUUUCUACACUUAUAUCAGAAACAGAAACAGGCACAUCGUCAUCCGUUGAGGCGUCUACAAAAUUAGGAGAUGUAACAAACUCUGAAAUUAUCACGGAUACUCAACAGUCAUCGACGACUAUAACUAGCAAAGAAACAGUUGCUCCUUCGUCGGUUGAAGCAUCCACAGAUUUAUUGACAAGAUCGAGUACUCAUGGUGUUUCUGAAAGUCCCGAAGCUCCUUCAACUACACUAGUGACAGAAAUUGGAAAGUCGUCAUUUAUUCCUCCAUCUACAGACUUACUAGUUGUUACACUUAAUAAUACUGUCACUGAAAAUCCUGUGCUCUCUUCAAGUACCCAGCACAAUGGAUCGGUUGGUCCUUCAUCGGUUGAACAAGCAACAUAUUUUCCAACAGUAUCUAAUACCAGCCUUGUUACAUAUCCUACGAAGCCGUCAACAAUUUCUGCAAUAUCUGUACCUUGGUCUUCUUCCUCCAUUCGUUCAUGGUCGGAUCCUUCUAUAGGUACGAGUUCUGAGGCUGUUACCGGAAGAACAGUUCUUUCUACACGUAUUCCUUCAACUGAAUUUGUCACGCCCACAUCUGCUGAAUCUUCGACCGAUUUUAUUACUGAUACAUCUAUUGAAAUUGUAUCUUCUUCUAUAGUAUCUUCUACUAACUCUGUGAAACUUCCAUCUACUUCAGAAUCUCCUAUGGAUAAGACAGAAUGCAAAACUUCUGGCUUUUUCCCUAAUCCGAAUGAUUGCUCUAAGUUCUUCAGAUGUGUUCAAGUUAACCUUUUCAAUAUGUUUACUAGAUUCGAUUUCGUUUGUCCUGAUGGAACUGUUUGGGAUCAAGCAUUGUUAACUUGCAAUUAUCCUUCAGCUGUAUUAUAUUCCAAUUGUAAAAAUAGUGUACUACAUCCAUCAGAUAUUGAUGAUGAGCCUGAUAUGGCAGAAGGCAAUAACAUGUGUCCUAUUGGAAAAUUGUCUGGUGAUCAAAUCGCUCUUGUUUGUCCUACCGGUUUUCGAAGACAUCCUAAGUAUUGUAAUAUUUUCUAUCAAUGCACAUCUAAAAGUAAUUUGGACGUGAAUAUUGCCAUGUUCGCAUGCCCUGAUGGUAUGAUUUACGAUCAAGGUAAAAUGCAAUGUGUUUUCGCAGAUGUGCUUAAUUACCGUAUAUUAGGAUGUAAAAAUGUUCUUAUAAAUCCAAUGGAUAACCUAGUUCCUAUCUUGACCGUUCCGUCUACACAACUGUGUCCAUCCGAAGGCUCGUUCCCGUAUCAUCCAGGUUGCUCAAAUGCGUACUUCAAAUGUAAACGCAAUCGAAAGGGCUCACUAUUAGGCUAUCUCUAUAAAUGCCCUCUUGAAUACGUGUUCUCUCCUUUUUCAAAAAAAUGUGAACCAGCAGAACUUUUUCCACUUUGUUUAAAUCCUUAUCCGAAUAUGCAAAUGAAUGCAUCCUCUAAUGGUUUACAUUUGACCCAUCAUAACAUCUUUUAUAAUUAACUUGAUAUUUAUAAACUUAGAACAGUUUUAUACUUACUAUCAUCAUUGACAAUAAUUUAUGUUUAUUGAUUGACAUAAAGCAAUAAUUUUUAUAAAAUUCAAGAAAUAUUGUUAAAAAUGAUUGAAAAUGAGUGGAUAUCCAGUGAUAUAAUAAAAUUGAAAUUAUAGACAUAAUAAAUAUAAUAAUCUUAUGUAAAUCUACUUCCAACUGCUAAAUCAAAGGGACAUCGUUCUCUUUUCAACGUCAACGUUUCAAUUAGUAAAACGGCUGUUUAUAUGAAGAACAACAAAAGUCAACAAGCUUUGAAUCCGCCUUGAGAUUUUAUCGCAUUAACAUCAUCACUGUUGUGAAACUUAAU